CCUGCUCAGCAGCAGGGAGGGAGGCUCCGGCUGCAGGCGACUCUUGUCCUUGGGCUCUGGCCAAACCACACAAGAGGGCUGGGCAGGGAAGCGCCUUGCCCAGCAACCUGGCAGAGAGGGCUAGAAAGUGGAAGGAGGGGUGGGCACACAGCAGGCUUAGGGGAGGCACCCCCAACUCCCCUCAGAACCCUGCUUCCUGCCUGGUUCUCUGGCAGGCUUGGGGGGAUGGUGAGCCACCCCCCAGGCCCAUUACCCAACUCUGCCCAGCCCAGCCUUUCCUCCGUUAUCUAAAUGGGUCAUCCUCUAGCUCCUUGACCCGCCUCCCAGGCAGCAGCUGCUCUGUGAAAGGCCAGAGAGGAGUCAAGGAUCUUGGCUCCGACUCCAGGCAAUAACUAUGACCAGAAAUGUCCAGCUUGCACCCUUUCCGCUGGCAUCUGGAUCCAGCACCUCUAGAUCUUUUUCUAAGACCUUUCUGCCAUCUUCUCCUGAAUCCAGAUUAGUCCUGAUUUGAGUUCCUCGGGUGAGGGGCAGUGUUUAAGCAAUUGAGCCCUAGCACCCAUGUCUCCGGCACGUUUGUAUGUCUGUAAGUGGGAUAGGGGUGGUUGGUGGUACUGCACAGCCUGGCCCAAGCAGCGUGUGGCGCCUUCCCUUCUCCAGGGGUGGGAGGCAGGGAGGUGAAAGCAGGGCAGGGCGUCUGCAAGGAACUUUUGUCUUCUGAGAUGGCAGCUUCUCCAGGCAACACCCCUCCAUCUUGGAUCCCGACUGCCCUGAUGUGUUGGGAACCCUCGGAAGAGUCAGUGCACCUUGUGGCCUUCAGUGCGUGCCAUUUGCAAAACGGAGUGGGACAUGAGUCUGCUGCCUUUCCAACAUGCAGGGCCGCAGGGGCAGGGACAUCCCUAGGCCAGGAUCUGUAGGAGUUUCACUCAGGCAGGCUAACAGACAUAUAGCGUGGGGCCUCUGAAGAAGCCCGUUAGAACAAUCCUUGGCUGGCACCUUCCUGGCACAGUAGCAGCUGAGUCAUUUCUGCGGAAGCUCAGCAGAAAAUGCUCGAGUUUGGAAGGGAGCUCAGAGAGCUUCAUGUGCAAAUCUGUGAAUGGUUCCUUUCUCUCUGGCCUUUGCUCAAACCUCUCUCUCUGCCUGGAAUGCCCCUAUUGCCCCUACCUAGCUUGCCCUCCUUGGCUUGGCAAAUCCCACCUCAUCCUUCAAGAUCUAAAGCAAAGUUUUCUCCCAGAGGUGGUUUUCCCUGCUCCUCCGGGCGAAGAAAGCCCUCUGCAGUGCUCCUGGAGCCCCUGGGCGGGCAGGGACCUAAACUGCCACAUCCAUCACGCUAGACUGGAGUGGACUUCAUUGCCUGUCCUCCCACUGGAGCGAGGGCCUUGGUGCAAGGACUGUCCAGUUUUCUUCUGAAUCCCCAACACCUAGCUUAGCACCAGGCACAUAGUAGGUAUUCGGCAGAUGUUUGGAGAAUAAACGCCCUUUCGUUUUUUCAGAUGAGGACAUUAAAACUAGCCAAACCAGUUAACCGGAUCAUUUAAGUGACUUGUCUUGAGUUGCGUAGCUCAAUAGGGGGAUGAAGCGAGUAAGGAUGAGAGACUGGGGCUCUUGACACCCACUCCACGGCUCUGGUAUUCACAUUUGCAUAAUCAUAUAAUUGUGCCUGGGCUUCCUGCCCCCUCUAAGUGGGGUGGCCGUAUAAUAUGUUGUCUAAUCAUGGAUACCCUGAAGAGUGAAAAGGCAGUAUUAACAUUUUUACUGGAACGCGCCAGGAGUGUCUCGGGCAUGUGGCCCUCUGCCUCUGGCUGACCCAUUCAGCGAUUGUUGCCCUGCUCCUUGGCUCUAGUUGGUAUGUUUUUAUUCUAGAGAACGAUUGCUCAACUCUUGCAGAUGAGAGCGAAGGUCCCUCAGAAUUAGUCCCUGUACCGAGGUUGACUCCCCACCCACGCCUGGAAGGGCAGAAAAUCUUAUCUGGGCCCUGGUCCAUCAGUCAGUGACUUAACCAGUGGCCGUCAAGUCGAUCCGGAAAGACAGAAUCAAAGAUGAGCAAGAUCUGAUGCACAUUCGGCGGGAGAUCGAGAUCAUGUCGUCACUCAACCACCCCCACAUCAUCGCCAUCCAUGAAGUGUUUGAGAGCAGCAGCAAGAUCGUCAUUGUCAUGGAGUACGCCAGCAGAGGCGACCUGUAUGACUACGUCAGCGAGCGGCAGCGGCUCGGCGAGCGCGACGCCCGGCAUUUCUUCCGGCAGAUCGUUUCCGCCGUGCACUACUGCCACCAGAAUGGUGUUGUCCACCGGGACCUCAAGCUGGAGAACAUCCUCUUAGAUGCCAAUGGAAAUAUCAAGAUUGCUGACUUUGGCCUCUCCAACCUCUACCACCAAGGCAAGUUCCUGCAGACAUUCUGUGGGAGCCCCCUCUAUGCCUCACCCGAGAUCGUCAACGGAAAGCCCUACACAGGCCCAGAGGUGGACAGCUGGUCCCUGGGUGUUCUCCUGUACAUCCUGGUGCAUGGCGCCAUGCCCUUUGACGGGCAGGACCAUAAGACGCUGGUGAAACAAAUUAGUAACGGGGCCUACCGGGAGCCGCCUAAACCCUCUGAUGCCUGUGGCCUGAUCCGGUGGCUGUUAAUGGUGAACCCCACCCGCCGGGCCACCCUAGAGGAUGUGGCUAGUCACUGGUGGGUCAACUGGGGCUACACCACCCGUGUCAGUGAGCAGGAGGCUCUGCAUGAGGGAGGGCACCCUGGCAGCGACUCUGGCCGGGCCUCCGUGGCUGACUGGCUCCGGCGGUCCUCCCGCCCCCUCCUGGAGAACGGAGCCAAGGUAUGCAGCUUCUUCAAGCAGCAUGCUCCUGGAGGUGGGAGCAUUGCCCCCGGCCUGGAGCGCCAGCAUUCACUCAAGAAGUCUCGCAAAGAGAAUGACAUGGCCCAGUCUCUCCAGGGGGACCCGGCUGACGACACCUCCCCUCACCCUGGCAAGGGCAACCUCAAGCUGCCAAAGGGCAUUCUCAAGAAGAAGGCAUCGACCUCCUUGGAGGGGACCCGGGAGGACCCUGCGCUCAGCCCUGCCCCCACAAGCCCAGGACAGGCUGCCGCCCUGCUCCCCAGGAAGGGCAUCCUCAAGAAGUCUCGGCAGCGGGAAUCCGGCUACUACUCGUCUCCUGAACCCAGCGAGUCGGGGGAGCUCUUGGAUGCGGGGGACGUGUUUGUAAGUGGGGACUCUGUGAAGCAGAAGCCCCUGCAAGCCUCAGGGCUGCUCCUGCAUCGCAAGGGCAUCCUCAAACACAACGGCAGGUUCUCCCGCACAGCCUCGGAGCUCACCACCCCCGCCACCUUCGGCUCCUUGGAUGAACUGGCCUCACCUCGCCCCCCGGCCCGGGUUAGUCACCCCUCAGGGGCUGUGAGUGAGGACAGCAUCCUGUCCUCUGAGUCCUUUGACCAGCUGGACUUGCCCGAACGGCUCCCCGAGCCCCCACUGCGGGGCUGUGUAUCUGUGGACAACCUCAUGGGGCUUGAGGAGCCCCCCUCAGAGGGCCCUGGAAGCAGGGGCCUGAGGUGCUGGUGGCAGGACCCCCUGGGGGAUAGCUGCUUUUCUGUGACAGACUGCCAGGAGGUCACGGAGACCUACCGACAGGCACUAGGCGUCCACUCAAAGCUCAGCUGAGGGCGGGCGGGGCAUUGCCUUACCCAGGCAGGCUCUAAGAUGCAGUUGGCUGCACCCUGAGGGGAGACUGCCUUCUCCCCUGCCUCCCAGGACCAGCAUCCCAGCCCAGAAGGCUGAGGUGGUUUGCAGUUGAGCCCUGGGGAGGGCUGGAUGUGGGAAAUGGGCAAGUGAAAUGCAUAGAGGGUUUAACGUCUUCAGCUCCGUCAAACCAAGGAGAUAGUAGAGGGGCAGAGUAGAGAAGUAGAAGGGAAGGCCAGCGGCCAAGGCCAGGUUCCUGUUUCUCAUAUGCAAGUAAGCCCUGGGGAUCUGGAAAGAGCGCUCUGUCAGUGCCCAUCUGCUUUAUUGCAAUGAGUAAGUUUUGUGCGGGAUGCCUCCGUGGCAAGGUGGGGAUGGAAAGUGCAUAUCUACAUUCCCAACCCCACCGAGCUCUAAACCUGGCAUGUGGCACCCCCUAAGGUGCCUGGGGGCCCUGGGAGUGGUCUCCUAGAGUGCACCCUCCCUUAUUUAUCCUAGCAGUAAGAGAACACAACCUCUGUUUCCUCAAAGGUUCUCUCCCCUUUCCCAUCCCGCAAACCCGGCCCACGCCUCCUGAGGUUGCUGCUGUGAAUCUGAAAGACUUGAAGGGCUCAGGCUGCUCUUGGACUUCAUCUCAAAGGGCCCAGGUUCUCCUGGAGCCCACCUUGGACCUCAAAGACUCUGAACUUCUCUGGCCUCCAAGUUGCUCUUGCCACUGAGAAUGGACACGUCCGUUUCUCUGGACUUUCAGGCCCCUGGAAUGUCCUUAUUUAUUUUUAUGUUUUCAGCUCUGUGUUUUUAAAAAAGUGAGUCUUGCUGUUUUCAGUAAUGUGAAUACUAUGUUCUGGGGAAAUCCACUAUGACAUCUAA